AUGUUCCACGUCGAUGGCAGCAGCGCGGGCAGUCCGAAGGAGGCUUGCGUGGGCUCAUCACCGCCACCAGCGCCGCCCGCCAAGCGUGACGUGCGCCAUCACCCGCAUCAUCAACACCCUCAACAUUCCCAACUUCACCAGCAUCAUCACGAACAACACAACAGGCCUCUCAGUAUAGAUGUACGUGUGUCUCCAGGCGGAGCUGGUACUUCAGCGGAGCCACCACAUCCCAUGCAUCAUCAUCAUAUGGACACGAAUCCUCUCGAAGGGCCAGUGGAGUCCAUGGUGAGCGGGGCGGGCUCUUCAGACGGUGAGUUAUCGUCAAAGGCGGGAGACAGUCCCAGUAGAAAGCGACGUCGCAUUUCCAGACAUUUAUCAUCAGGCGAGAGCAACGUAAGUGUAUCUGCGCCUGCAGUCGAAAGACGUACACCCAGACAUCACUACCAACCACCUCGGCGGGUGAGGUACGUGGCGAACGCCGGUGGCGGCGCGUGGGCGGAGCGCCUGCUGGAGCCGCACGCUCCCCACGCCGCGCACGCGCCGCACGCCCCCCACGCGCCACACGCGCCGCACGUGGCGCACGCGCAUCACGCGCACCACGCGCACGCGCAUCACACACCUCUGUUACUGGAUAUCAACCAGAUGCCACUCCGCGGCACGCGUCUGGGCGCGCUGGGCGGCGUGGGCUGGCACCCGCACGCGCCGCACGCGCAGCACGCGCCGCACGCCGCACACGCGCCCCAUGCGCAUGCGCAUCGCGACCAUUCGCAGCGCACGCAGGUGGCUGCCGCCAGCGCGGCCGAGGUGUGGGGCGCCGCCCUGAUGCCCGCGCUACCGCAUUUACGCUACCAGGUAUACACAACAACGUACAGGGUAGUCAUGGGGUGCGGUACCACUUUUGGGAAUCACUAG